AUGCCUGAAGGUCGCCAAUCCCCCCCUCCUGAGGCUCAGUCCGGCAAGCAGCAACAGGACGCACCUGGCUCUGGAAAGGGUGUCCAAGACGUCAACUCAGGCGACAAGAAGGACCAGCAAGCGGAUCAGCUCAAGAACCUCGAGUCCAACCCCAAGGGCGCUUAUGGCGAUGCACUCGACAAGAAGUUCGAGAAGACGCAGAAAUAA